CCGAGCUGGGCGGACGUGUGUCCCACACCGCGCUGCUGAGUUCCGGGCUCGUGGCGUGACGAGAGAAGCACGAGUCCUACUGUAGGCCGCGUCGCGUCGCGUGGCGGGGACACAGUGAGUUCCGUGCAGUAUUUUUCUCUACGUGCGCUGUAUGCAGCCUGUCAGGGUGACGCGCCUGUCACGUGCUACCUUCCACCACACAGACGUCCGAGAAGGUGGGCGCCUCCGCGGCCGGUGCCGAGUCGCCGGCGGGCCAUGCGGGAGCUCCGCUGCCGCUGACGCCGCCUUCGCUGCCGACGGCCCGCGACAUGUCGCCAUGACGCGGCGGACCCCACAGCGACGCCAUGCCGCCAUGAGGCCGCUCCAACUCCCGCUGCUGCUGUUGCUGCCUCUGCUGCUGCUGCCAUACGCGACGACGGCGCCGACGGCGGACGACGGCUCGGUGGAGCAGCCACUGCCGCCCCCGGCCGGCCCCGCCCCCGCGGUCCCCGAGGAGGAGGAGGAGGCGGAAGUGAGCAGCGAGGUGUCGGUGCGGCUGCACCAGGAGGCCGUGCUGGAGUGCGCGCCACCGCCGGGCACCCCGCACUGGCGCCACCGGCCCAGCGGGGGCGGCCCGUGGCGCGGCAUCGGGGGCGGCGGGGGCGGUGGCGACGGCGGGCACCGCUACGCGACGCUUGACACGGGCCAGCUGCGCAUCAGCAGCGUGCGCCUCGAGGACGCCGGCGUGUGGCGCUGCGAGCGUCGCGACGCCAGGUCGCACCGGCCGCUGCCCGGCCGCGCCGCCCAGCACCGGCUCGCAGUCACCGAGCCGCCGCACGCGGUCUUCCUGGAGGUGGACGGGCGGCGGCUGGACCCGGGCAACGUGUUCCUGCCCGUGCUGGAGGGCUCGGCGCUCGCCGUGGGCUGCGUGGCCGAGGGCGGCGAGCCGCCGCCGCGCCUCUCGUGGCGCCUCGCGCUCGCCGGGCAGCCGGACGCGCAGGCGCAGCCACAGCACGGCGCCGUGCCCCUGCUGAGCACGCAGCCCGCCGCGCCGCUGCCCGCCGCGGCCCACGUGCUGCGCUCCGAGGCGCGAUUGGCGCGGCUGCUGCGCGCUCACCACAACGCCAGCGUCGCCUGCCUCGUGCAGCACCCCGCGCUGCCGCAGCCCGCGCUGCAGGUUUCGCUGCUGCUCGACGUCCAGUACAGCCCGUCCUUCGCCAUCAGCCGCACCCCCGGCUUCGGCUUCCCGCUGCUAGAGGGCAUGGCAGUCUCCCUCAAGUGUGACGUCGACUCCAACCCGCCGUCCAGCCCCGUCUGGGUCAAAGAUGACGGCGCGCCCCCGGUAGCCCAGUCCAACGACGGUUUCCUCAACUUCAGCUCCAUCAGCCGCGAGCACAUGGGCUGGUACAAGUGCACCAGUCGCGACGCCAGCUCCAUCGGCUACUACCUCAACGUCAUCUACGACGGCGAGGCCGGCGUAGAGGAGGACGCAGCAGGUGGAGUCGGCGUCGGCGGCGGCGGCGGCGGUGGCGGCGGCGGGGAGGCCAUGUCGGACGAGGGAGGCGGGGGCGGCGGCGCAGGCGGCGGGGGCAGCGGCCAGCAGGUGGAGGCGGCGCUGGGCAGCGCGGUGACGCUGCAGUGCCCCGGCGGCGCCUGCUGGCGGCGCUACGGUGAGGCGGUGGGGGCGGGCCCGCAGCUGUCUCUGGAGCGCGUGCUGUACCAGGAGGCGGGCGUCUACCGCUGCGAGCCGGACCGCCGCGCGCAGGGGCUGCUCGACCGCCGCCGCGCCGCGCUCAGCGUCCGCCUCAACGUCACCGGGGCGCCGGUGGUGCACCCGAGCAACGCGACGGUGUCGGCGCGCAGCGGCCAGAGCGUCACGCUGCGCUUCGAGUUCUGCGCCAACCCGGCGGCGCAGCGCGCCCUCUGGCUCGUGUCGUCCGCCGCCGCCGCGGCGCUGCUGCGGCCCGGAAACGCCACCGGACGCCUCACCGCCCACAACCUCACCGCCGGCAGUUCGCCGCUGUGCCGCGAGGCGGCGCUGACGCUGGCGGCGGCGUCGCCGUCGGACGCGGGCGAGUACUCGCUGGUGGUGCGGUCGCCGCGCGGGCUGGCCGAGGGCAGCGUGCUGCUCGCCGUGACGCGCGCCUCCGGCCUGGCUGGCAGGGCCGCCCCGCCUACGAAAACUCUGACAGAGGCGAAGGCUGCAGCGGCAGGAUCCACACUGGGCUGCCCACAGCCUUCUGUGAUAACACGACGUCCUGACCUUCAUACGAGCUACACCCAGCGAUGA